AUGGCACCCUUCCUCAUAAUUGUCCUGGCCUUUGUGGCUGCAGUAAACGCCGCCGCACUUGCUGCCAAUUAUCCCAUUAAUGCACAACUACCUCCAGUCGCGCGAGUGUCACAGCCAUUUCGGUGGGUGUUUGCCGCCAGUACUUUCGCCAACUCGGACUCAGACACCAAAUACUCACUUUCGGACGCUCCAUCAUGGCUUUCCGUGGAAAAUGGUAGCCGUGUGCUAUCUGGGACUCCAGGACCAGGCGAUACGGGCUCUAAGAAAUUUAAGCUAGUUGCAUCGAAUGGAGCAGAGUCCGACAGCAUGGACGUUACAUUUAUCGUUACCACAGAUCAAGGUCCAACCAAAGGAACGCCUCUCCUCCCACAACUUGAGACUCUGGGCCCUGUUUCAUACCCAGCGACGCUUUUCAUACACCCUGGUCGUCCGUUCGAAAUCGAAUUUGAUCCGUCCACGUUCCAGAAUACUCACCCUUCCACAAUAUACUAUGGAACUUCGCCUAAUAACGCCCCAUUGCCAUCAUGGAUCAGCUUCGACGCUGCAGCCCUCAAAUUUGUCGGCAACACCCCGGCCUUCCCAGGAGCCGAGCCCGAAACCUUUACUUUCCAGCUCAUUGCUUCCGAUGUCGCUGGCUUUAGCGCCGCGAACAUGACCUUCCAGCUCUCGAUCGGCCCACAUAUACUCGCAUUCAAUGAAACCGCUCAGACAUUCAAUCUCACCAGAGGCGACAAAUUUACCAGCCCCAGCUUCCAAAGCCUAAUUUCAGUGGAUGGCUCGCCAAUCACCAGUAAGGAUUUGACCAAGAUCGACGCUACCCUACCUGACUGGCUGUCAAUGGACAAUGAUUCAAUUUCUCUGAGCGGCACACCUCCCAAGGAUGCUGUCAACCAAAACAUUACUAUCACAGUCACGGACACCUAUUCAGACCAGGCGGCGCUUAUGGUGCGUUUGGACUUUCUGAAGCUUUUCCUUGAUACCGUUGAAGGCUGUGAAGCGAUCAUUGGUGAAGACUUUACAUUUGUGUUCAACCAGUCCACCGUCACCGACAGUUCCGUACAACUCGAUGUUGAUCUUCCCGAAGAGCUAUCAUCAUGGCUUACUUAUUUCCCGAGUAACAAAACAUUGUAUGGCCACAUCCCAUCGGAUGCCAAGCCACAAAAGUUCAGCAUGGCUUUAACGGCGCAUCAGGGAGAUACUGAAGAUACCCAAGACUUUGACAUCGAUGUCCUUGAACCAGCAGAUACUGAUUCGAGCUCCGGAGAUCCGUUUUCCAGCCAGUCCCCCUCUUCUCACAAGAAAGCUGGAGUGAUUGCCAUCUCAGUGGUCAUUCCCGUCGUGGUGGUCAUGAGCCUGAUUAUUCUCUUUUGUUGUUGGCGUCGCCGAAGCAAGUUACCCAAGGUGGAGGAAGAGGAAAAAUUCCCAACCACCAAGCUACCUCCCCCACGCCCGGCCAGACCUGAUAUGCCCAACUGCGAGCCUGGAGCUGUUGAAAGGUCUUCGCGAGAUUCUAACUCGGUUGAUUGGAUGAGUCCGUUGUCCCCUGCCGCUGAUCUCCCCAAGUUGGAGCUUGGCCCGGCAUGGAACGUGGCAUCGUUCGACAAACCAGACGAAUCAAUGAAAGCAAUUCCUUCACCAAACCCGCCUCCUCGCUCUCCCAAGCGGGCAUUUGUUCCACUGCGAGAUUCGAUCAUCGACGAAGACAAGCCAUUUUCUCAGUCUCCCACCAAGAAACAAAAUCAGCGCAUGUCAUUCACUAGUAGUCCUCCUGUGCGUCGUCGCCGGUCUACCAACCGUUCGCGACGUGAGCCUCUGAAGGCAAUUCAGCCACGAGCCAUGAAACGCGAGUCUAUGCAGUCAUCUCGUUCCAAGCGUUACUCUAAGAGGUCAAGCGGGAUUUCCACCAUUGCCUCCGGAUUGCCAGUGCGAUUUAGCGGCGCUGGGCAUGGUGCCGGAGGAUUUGGUCCACCAGGACACGGCGUUGUGCACAUGUCCUGGCAGAACACCAAGGAUCCGUUGAUGAGCGAUGACAGCAGCAUGAUGAACAUGGCACCAAUGUUCCCCAGACCCCCUGCAGCUGCUCGAGCGAGAAACAGCAUGGCAUCCAGCAUCCCAGAAAACUACAAACGAGUUACCUUGCGUGCAGUGGAGCCGGAUGAUUCACCAAUCUCGGAAGCCGAUUCCCUAGAGGCAUUCGUCCACAGCCGGGCGAAGCACCGCAACUCCGCCAACCCACUGUUCUCCGCUCAGGUCAGCCGUCGCACAUCAUCCGGCCUGCGUGCCUUAGAACGGGCCCGGAGCAUCCGAAGCCGCGCAGACACCGUUUCCGUAUCCACAUUCACGGAUGAGUUCCGUCAAUCGAUUCAAGAACGCCCACACUCGACUGCACUCUCAGUCUCCGAAUACGGUGAUGAGAACCGUCUGUCACAGUACCAUACUCUUCAGCCUCCACAAACCCUGUUCCCAUUGGCUGAAGGGGGCGGCAAGAGUCAGAGUCAACUUAGCUUGGCGCAGGAUUAUCGGGGUGUCAUCUCACCGCUCCCUCGGUUCUGGAGUGAAACUAGUUUGAGCAGUAAUCGCCGUCUGGAUUCUGGUAAUCACUCCAAGGCUGCGGCUCAAUCUGGGGAACAGUCGAAUAUGCCACUCAGCUCGUCUAUUGCCUCCGAUUUAGAAGAACACUUGUCUCGGAAAGCGAGCCCGCACAAGACUUCUAAUAAUCCAUUCUUGAGUGCGCCCAUGGAUCCGCCGCCUCCGAUUCGUGACCUGAGUAAUCGGGGCCUGCCUGUUGCUAGCAGUGGUGAAUUAGCAUUUGUUUAA